AUGUCGUCGAGAGCUCGUUGGAAUAUAGAUGGAGCAUUCCUUAAUCCGAAAGAAAACCGUCCAAAAUCCGGUAGACCAAAGAGGCUUAAUGAGGCUGAAAUACGCUCAAUUGUUAGAAAUGUGAGGAAGAAUCCAACAGCAAGUGAUGUUAAAAUAUCGGAAGAAAUAUCACAAACAUCAGGUAUCAAUGUUAGUGCCAGCACAGUUCGUCGAGCAUUGAAUGCUAAUGGAUUACAUGGUCGAGCUCCUCGUAGAAAGCCCCUUAUAUCAAAAGUUAACCAAAAGCGACGCCUAGAUUUUGCUAAAAAGUAUAGAAAUCACGGAAACCAGUUUUGGAACAACACUAUUUUCACUGAUGAAAUUGAAGCAGUGAAAAGAAAAUGGGCAAAUAUGCGCGACUAUUUUGUUCUGAACCAAACGAAAAAAUCAACCGGAAAGCCAGCGACUGCUACAAAGCGAGAUGAAUCUAUGAUGUUUCUUUUAGAUACCUUCUCUUUGAAACGAAGCCAAGCAUCAAUAACUUACGAGGUUUCACCAACCAACCAGGGACCAUUAUCAAGUGAAACCUAUAUUGAUUUAAGCUCAGAAAUUGAAGUGGAUCAGUCCGAACUGGAUACUAUUUUCGAACGGGAGUCGAUAAUGAAGGAUGGAACUGCUAGUCGUUCAAGUAACAUAACAUCAUCAUCUGUUUGUACAGAUGGUAGGGCUAGUAGCCUUGAUUUGGAAACUCCACAACGUAGACAAAACAAACGACGUGCCCCAUCUUCCGAUCCAACUACUUUACGAACUUAUUUCAUGUCGCAAGCCAAAACCAGUGGAUUUUUUGCAACCGAAAAUAAGACCAAAGGACCAUUUGGAUCACUUUUUUGACUCACUUGCCAGUACGAUGCGUCCAUUUCCACCGAUCUCAAUUGCAAAAUUAAAAUUGAAAAUGUCGCAGCUUGUAGGUGAGGAGGAAGUCAAUUAAAUCAAGUCCACUACAUCCAAAUAUACGAUGAAAACAAUCAAAUGUCUACAAAUCUCUCAACCAAAACAAGCUUAAACGCCUCAACAAACGUCCAAACUGUCCAUAAUACAAAUGCAAAUAAUUCGCCGGAAGAGGAAGUCAGAAACAACAAUGAUUCUAUUUAACCAUUCCAAUA